AUGGCGGCUGUUGUAGAGAGGGUAGAGGGAGGCAUUGGAGGUCUGGAUUCGGAUUCGGUGUCACCGAGAUUGUCUACCCCACCGCCGGAUCAACCUCAUCAGAAUAAUCCACUUUUAGGACUUCCCAUCGUGGCUAUCGAGACGAUCCUCAAUUUCUUAUCGUACGAUGAAAUUAGUCUGCUGCGCCUGGUGUGCAAGCGUAUGGACAUGAUUUGUCAGCGCAUGCUCAAUCAAGGAUUCCUGAAAGUCGAGCGUUAUCACAGCCUUUGCCAGAAACAGGUCAAAGCCCAGCUACCAAGGCGGGAGUCGGAGCGGAGAAACCAUUCCCUGGCUCGCCAUGCGGACAUCCUGGCUGCCGUGGAAACACGCCUCUCACUCUUAAACAUGACCUUCAUGAAAUACGUGGACUCCAACCUGUGCUGCUUCAUCCCUGGCAAGGUGAUUGAUGAGAUUUACCGUGUGCUGCGUUACGUCAACUCCACCCGUGCCCCACAGAGGGCGCAUGAGGUCCUGCAGGAGCUAAGGGACAUCUCCUCCAUGGCCAUGGAGUACUUUGAUGAAAAGAUUGUCCCCAUCCUUAAGAAAAAGCUUCCGGGUGCUGAUCUCUCCGGUCGUCUCAUAGGAUCUGCCCCAGUGGCAGGUCCAUCAACUUCCCUCACCACCAUGUCCCUACUGGCUAAAAACACGCCGUCACGUUCAGAGAUGACAAAAGUGCAGCAGCAGGUGAAAGUGAAUGGGGCGUCCAUGACGGCUCUGCGGCGGGAGAUGCAGGAGGUGCGCGUGAAGCAGCUGGAACAGCAGAAGCAGCUGCAGGACCAAGAGCAGAAGCUCUUGGAGCAGUCGCAGGUUAUUGGGGAGCAGAACGCCCGGCUGGCCGAGCUGGAGCACAAGCUGCGAGAACUGAUGGACAGUGCUGUCGGCAGCAGGCCCGGCUCCGCCCAGGCCGUGCCCUCCACCUCGGCCACCGCCGUAGCUGUUGCGGCGGCUUCGGCGUCUGCCGACGUACCUGCGUCCGCUAGCGUGACAGCGCAAGGGCCCGAGGAUGAGCACAGUGCUUCUCUUAAACGCCCCAGGAAGUCUUUGGACCUCCCGCGUCAGUCCAAACGCCUGCGUAGCAAGAAAUAGAGGAACUGGUCAUGUAUCUUUUUUUUCCGGCAUUGUUUUUUGUUUUGUUUCGUUUUGUUUUUUUCCUCCCGUUCGUUUUGGCAUCCUUCCAUCUCCUGCAAUGACAAGAGUGUCAUGUGGAAAGGAAGGAUGCUUAAGAUUACGAUGGUAUCUGUUUGCUUUUAAUGUAUGUUAAACACCAGUAUGUCUGUUCAUAUCAGCAUCACACACAUCUCCACUAAUCCCCCUCCAUCACCCCCACUCCAGUUCAUGGCAUGUCUUUGGGUAAAUCCAGGCUUUGACUUAGAAUUAGGGCUGUCUUCCUUAAUGUACGUUCACUCAAGGCAAUGCGUAAAGUCACAUUGUGAAUGAGGAAAGAAUAACUGGUCUGGGCCAUAUGCAGGCUCCAGGGGAACAUGUAUGGUCUCUCUUCCUAAUGUGAAGUGAGCCAGUAGAAGAAAAGGCGAACAAACAUUGCAGUGUAUUUGGAAAUGGCUGUCAGCUAACAGAAAACAUGCCAGUUGUUGGCACCAGAUUAGCAGCUGUUAAAUGAGUGAAUGAGCAUGUUUAUCAUACAGUUUAAUGAAAAAUAUUCAAGAAAAAAAAUCCCUUGCUUAAAAUGGAGAAGGCAUGAUGCCAAAUCCUCAGACUGAUAAAUUUAUUUAGUAUGAAAGACGUGAAUUAUAAAAGCAAAUUUGGGCUUGUUUGUUUCAAAGAUAUUUUGGGGAUUUGAGACAGGCCUGAACAGCGCUGGGAGGGAAAUAAAAAUGACGGUGACUCUCUGAGCUGAAUUUCAGUAGAUGUGAAGAUACUGUACAGCUUGGCACAUUUCCGUAAUUUUACAUGAUAGAUGCCGUGUGGUGGGUAUACAGUUCUUCACAAAUAGACCUGUGUCAGUGCAAUAUGUUUUGUCGAAAGCUUUGUAAAUUAUUGUUCAAAACAUCUAGUUCAUGUUUAUACUUUCUCUUUGCCACUGAAACAUUUUUUGUUCUUGCCAAUUGUGGUUUUGAUGAGGUUCAUGAACAUCAUCAUCAUCCUCAUCCUCAUCCUGAACAGUUCAGUAACUGGGCUUGGGACUGGAUCCUAGAUGAUUUGGCUGUGAGGUGGCCAGCAGCCGUGAAUUUCCUGUGGUUUCCAUUGUAAGUGAACCUUGUAUUAAAUCUCUUUAGGAGGUUUAAUUGAAAUACAAUCAUUUUUUUUUACCACAUACUAGAUCUAAAAUCAAGUUGUUUGGUAUGACUUAACCUUGAAAAACUCUAUCGCCGGAGUGGAAAGCUACUUCCCUCCCUGACAACGGAUGGUCUAGCAUAUAAAGCACAGGUGUACUUUGUGUUAUGUAAAUAGGGAUAUUAGGAUGGGUCGGAUAAUAUAAAUUUAUAUUAGUUUUGUUUUGGAUGUAGCAUAAAUGCCAUAAAACACUGCACCCCCCUUAGUACAACCAUUUGGGCUCUGACUGUCCUUGGGUUUUGAAAAAAAAGGAGAACUGCAUCAGGGUUAAUGUGUUGCAGUGUCAUCACUCUAUGUAUGAGCUAUUUUUUCUAGAAUUUUCUUUUUCAUGUAGGUUAUACAUCUGCCACCCACCCCUGCUUACACAGAGACAUCCUUCAAACUCACGUGGAAAUCUUGAUUUGUCUCAUGACUGCUUUGAAUGUUUUAAUGAGCCCUGACAGAAUAGUAAUUGCUUAUAUGAAAAACAUUUGCAACAGUGAGUUAGGGGGUAUCUGAUGGCAUAGACUUAUCAUUUCUUGCUAAUCAAACAAUUAGUUACUAAACUACUGCAAGAGGAUGCUGGAUUUUAUACAACAAAUCCCAAGUUUUCUUUUUCAGCUCCCACUGAGGGUUCUUGUCUUAGUUGUGUGCAUUUGGAUUUUCUUCCAUGUAAACACCA